AGUAGGCGAGUAGGGACAGGGAGUGGAGUGAGGGAGUACGCACCACGCACCUGUGCAUAUAUCUAUAUAAGUAGUAUAUAGUAUAUACGCAACUUACAAUGGCGGUCGGGUCUCCCUUGUCUCUUUCUAGCACACGCGAACGUGCUCGAAAGACGAAAUCACAACGGGCACAAUGGCCACAAUGAGCAGACUAGUAGCGUAUAGAAAUCUGUGGGUAAAUUGCUGUGUAGAGUGUGGACUUGUGGAGGCCAUAAUCUCGACGACGUGCGCCCUUUUUAAUACACUUGUUAUAUUGUAAAUUGUUACCAGUGUCACGAAUCCAGUGUAACAUGUUGGGCCCCUACUGUACCAAAUUGACGCUAUGUGCGCGACAGCGAUAAUUCUUUAUUCUACAUUACAAAACAAAUAAAAUCUCUUUUGGUAAUAUAUAAGAACAUGAUACGUACGUAUUUUAUGUUUGCGGAAACCGCAUACACAAAACUGGCGGCUUGAAAAUCAAAUUUGAAAAUCCGGCGUGGUUGCAAACGCGUCAAGCAAAACCAAGAUAACGUCCUACUAUUAGAGGAAGUUAGAGAUAUUUGUGUAUCGACCACCUUAGACCUUGGACCACCUUGAUGAGAUGAAUAAUAGGAAAAGGGCGAUGGAAGAUGAUGACGGUAGAGGAUUCGAAAGAGGGUUGGAAGCGGAUAAAAUCCUUGGCUCAGCGGAUGACAAUGGAGAGUUGAUGUACUUGAUACAAUGGAAAGGAACGGAGGCAGUUGACAUGGUAUCUGCCAAAGAAGCCAAUGCCAAAUGUCCUCAGAUCGUUAUCCAAUUUUAUGAAGACAGAAUAACCUGGAGUAAGGCAAAAGCGUGAAACAGAUAUGUAUUUCCUUGAAAAAGUUAGACUCUCUACAUCAUUUAAGAAAUUGAUUUUUAUUGCGAUCUAAAUGUGUAAUAAAUAUCUUUGGAAGGUA